AUGGAUGUUGAGUUGUUGGCUGAAAAUUGUCGUAUAGCAAGGGAGAAGGCAAUUCUUGGUAACUAUGAACAAGCAGCAAUAUUUUACCAGUCGGCUAUUACACAGAUUGCACGACGAUUAAACAAAAUACCAUUUGAUCAUUCGAAACGACCAUUGUGGUCACAGGCAAAAUUAGUCUUACAACAGGAGCUCGAUAAUGUCAGCCUAUUGAAAAACUCCGUCUGUCAGUUGAGAGAACUUUCUACCAACCCAGGUGUAUCGUCUCCCAUCGAUGCACCCCCUACAGACCCCGAUGUGUGGCCACCUCCAGCUCCUCUCCCGAAAAAAAUUUUUUCUAACGCUCGUAGUAAGGUUGCUGGAAGAAAGUCAAAUGUGCCGCAGAAUAGUGAUAAACAAAGUAAAAACUCAGUCCGCAAGUCAACGAGUCAAAUGAAUAUUGCGUCCUCCAAAAGGGCGAGUUCCGUUGGAUGCAUCCCCAAAAAGGAAGCCACAAAUAACGAAGAAGUGGCCGCAGAACCCAAAAGUGAACAACAGGACGAGGAAAAAAUAUUUGAUGGAAAAGGCUAUGAUAAAGAUUUAGUCGAAACCAUUGAACGAGACAUUGUUCAACAGCAACCUAACGUACACUGGAAUGAUAUUGCUGGUUUAGAAGUUGCUAAGAAGCUUUUACAGGAAGCUGUCAUACUUCCUACAGUCAUACCACAAUUCUUUAAAGGUAUCCGUCGACCGUGGAGGGGCGUCUGCCUAGUUGGUCCACCUGGGACAGGUAAAACCCUAUUGGCAAAGGCUGUGGCUACCGAAUGUCGCACAACGUUUUUCUGCGUUUCAUCUUCAACAUUAACAUCAAAAUAUCGAGGAGACUCCGAAAAGCUAGUUAGGCUUUUAUUUGAAAUGGCUCGGUUUUACGCUCCGUCGACCAUAUUUAUCGAUGAAAUCGAUAGCUUGUGUAGUCGGAGGGGAGUAGAUUCGGAACAUGAGGCUUCGCGCCGCGUAAAAUCUGAGCUUCUAAUCCAGAUGGAUGGGUGUUCUGCUGACACCGAAAAGACAGUGCUUGUUUUGGCUGCAACCAAUUUUCCUUGGGAUCUAGAUGAAGCGCUAAGAAGGAGACUUGAAAAGCGUGUUUAUAUUCCACUUCCUGACAAAAACGGAAGGAUAACUCUUUUGAAGCUGGCACUUGCAGAAGUUGCUGUGGCAGAAGAUGUAGAUUUGGAAGAGGUAGCUGAUCGUCUUUCGGGUUAUUCUGGGUCUGACAUAACAAAUGUUUGUCGUGAAGCAGCUAUGAUGAGUAUGAGGGCUCGCAUUGCAAAUUUGAGUGCUGACGAAAUCAGAGCUCUUUCCAAAGAAGACAUUGAUCUUCCUAUAACAGCUAACGAUUUCGAACUCGCUAUUAGCCACACAUCCCCAUCUGUUUCACAGGACGAUAUACAUAAGUAUGAACAGUGGAUGCGUGAGUUUGGAGCAACAUGA